UAUAGCCAAUAGCUUUAAACCAGCUAGAUCUAGCAAUAAACGGGAAAAGAUAAUCGCACGGCGGUAAAGCCCUGCGAUCUGCUCAGGACACGCAAAAUUGCAAAAAUUAAACAUUUUCGCAGUUAAAACCGUAAUCGUUAUAAGGCCAUUGCCUGUAUGAGCAAGAACGAUAGUGAGUGCUCAGUGACCAGUGCCCAGUACGGGCGUGUUUGUGUGUGCUACGCUGCUACCUCGUUGCUGAGUGCGUCUGUGUAUGUGCGAGAGUGUGCAUAAAAGGCAUAGCAACCCAGAAGCAGCGACGCCGACAACAACUGUAAUUUUCCAUUAAUUUUUGGGCGGCUGUUUGCUGCGAUCCCCCCCACUAAAAAAUCCUUUAAUUUUUUAGAGGAAAUAUCCACAUCCUAGCUGGAAAAAAAAGGAUAAAAGAUAUUAAAAAAAAAUAAAAUAAAUAAAAGAAAAAAAUAAGAAAGAAAGCAAACACGGAAGGGACACCUGAAGAGAGAGUCAAAGGACGAAGCGAAGGAGAGACGCGCCCCCUCGUUUCCCGCCCGUUUCCAGCCAACAGGAGUGCGUAACCGUCUUGAAUGGAUCCAUUUGUUGGCUGGUUUCAGAAGGAACAGGAGGGCCCAUCGCUGCGCACAUGGUUAAAGAUUUGGGAGACGAACGCCCAGGAGAUGGGCGCAUUGCUUGAUCAGCAGUUACAGCAGGCGACGACUAACGGUAAUAGCAGCGGCAGCGGCAUCGGCAUCGGCGGCGGCAACAACAUCAAUACCAACAAUAACAACAACAACAACAAUUCAAACAAUCACACCACCAACAAUAAUAGCGGCAAGCCCUACUUAUCGCGACCGACUAGUUCUCUCAGUCGGGCUCUCCACUUCCGGGCAGACUCCUUGGAGAUUCUGCAGCAACUCAACGGAAUCUCUCAACGCAACAACAACAACAAUAGCAACAAUAAUAAUAAUAAUAAUAGUACCAGCAGUAGUAGCAGCACCACUAAUAGCUCAUCAACAGCUACAACAACAGCUGAUUCAACCGUUAAUUCAAUCGCCACCAGCAGUACCAGUAGUACUAUCUCCUCCACUGCUAACGGACCGCUGACUGGAUCAAGCAACGCAACAACAACAACAACUGCUGCAACAACAACGGCAGCAUCUGGGCCCUCAGGAGGAGUUGGUGUUGGUGAAGUGUUGGGUGCAACAUCAACAACAACCACAGGCACCACCACAACCACCAGCAGCAGUAGUAGUAGUAGUAACCCCAAUAGCAGUAGCGCCGCCAGCAACAACAGCGGCACCAGCAGCAGUAACAUGAACACCGAAUCAAGCAACAACCCGCCACAAAUGACAGCGACUACUGCCAGUCGCAACAACAUCUAUUACAAUCCGUCUAGAAAGAAACGUCCGGAGAACAAGUCUGGCGGUGCUCACUUCUAUAUGAACAACCAUCGAGAGAUGAUAGCCAAGUACAAGGGUGAACCGUGGCGAAAGCCCGACUAUCCCUAUGGCGAGGGUGUAAUCGGGUUGCAUGAGGAGAUAGAGCAUUUCUACCAGUAUGUCCUGCCCACACCCUGCGAGCACGCCAUCCGCAAUGAGGUCGUUAAACGCAUCGAGGCCGUCGUCCAUUCCAUUUGGCCGCAGGCAGUGGUCGAGAUAUUCGGCUCCUUUCGCACCGGACUCUUUUUGCCCACCUCUGACAUUGAUCUCGUUGUGCUAGGUUUAUGGGAGAAACUACCGUUGCGUACCCUGGAAUUCGAGUUGGUGAGUCGCGGUAUUGCCGAGGCCUGCACCGUGCGUGUACUGGACAAAGCCUCAGUGCCCAUUAUCAAGCUGACCGAUCGGGAGACCCAUGUUAAGGUCGACAUCUCGUUCAACAUGCAGAGCGGCGUCCAGUCCGCCGAACUGAUCAAGAAAUUCAAGCGCGACUAUCCGGUGCUGGGCAAACUGGUGCUGGUUCUCAAGCAGUUCCUGCUGCUCCGCGAUCUCAAUGAGGUGUUCACCGGCGGCAUCUCAUCCUAUUCGCUGAUCCUCAUGUGCAUCAGCUUCCUGCAGCUGCAUCCGCGUGGCAUCUACCAGGAGACGGCCAACUUGGGUGUAUUGUUGCUGGAAUUUUUCGAGUUGUAUGGCCGCCGAUUCAACUACAUGAAGAUCGGUAUUUCGAUCAAGAACGGUGGACGUUAUAUGCCAAAGGAGGAUCUGCAACGUGAUAUGGUGGACGGACAUCGUCCGUCACUUUUGUGCAUUGAGGAUCCGCUGACGCCCGGCAACGAUAUUGGGCGCAGCAGUUACGGGGUCUUCCAUGUGCAGCAGGCCUUCAAGUGCGCCUACCGCGUCCUCGCCCUCGCCGUCAGCCCGCUCAAUCUCCUAGGCAUCGAUCCGCGAGUGAACUCAAUACUGGGACGCAUUAUUCACAUCACUGACGAUGUCAUAGACUAUCGCGAUUGGAUACGCGUGAAUUUCGAACACCUGGUAGUUGUGGAUCGCAUCUCCCCGCUGCCAGCCACCGCCUACGCCAACGGAGCGCCCAAAUAUGUGAUCAUGCCCUCGGGCGCCGUCGUCCAGCAGCUCUACCACCAUCAUCCGGCGGCGGCUGUUCAAGUGGCAUCCGCCCACAAUAGUCACACCCAUCCCGGUGCCGCCGGCACGCAUCUGGGUCAAGCGUUUGUCACCAGUGGCACCAAUGCCAUGACGACCAUGACCACGGCCGUGUCGGUGGUGGGCGGCGGUGGUCCUGGCGGUGUGGGCAUCCCGAUAGUCACCCACCAGCAGCAGCAGCAGCAACAACAGAUGGCCGUGCAACAGACGCAGAACAAGAAUCGUCACAGAAGAGGCAGCACCUCGUCGGGCGAUGAUUCCGAAGAUAGCAAGGACUGUGACGUGGUUGAGGUAUCCUCGGGUGGCCCAGAUAUUAUCGACAUCACUAUCUCGCCCACGAACGGCGGCUGGGGUGGCGGCAACAGAAAUGGCAGCGGCAACAGCAGCUCAACAGGAUCUUCGCCGGAAAACACCAAUGAACAGGAACUGGAAGAUCCAGUGGGCAGCAACGGCGCAGGAGGAUCUGUGGGCGGAUCUGGUGCCGGCUCGGGAAGCGGUACAGGCGGUGGCGGGAGUAGUAGCGGCGGCGGUGGCAACAGCAGCGGACGCAACUACAACCAGAGAGGCAGCCACAAUUCCACCGGCUACUACCACCAGCAGUACUACGUGCCACCGCCGAUGCAACAGCAACAGCAGCUGAGCAAAAGCAACUCAUCCUCCUCCUCGAACUACCAUCACCACCACAGACAGCAGCAGCAACAGCAUCACAGCCAGCAGCAGCAUCAUCACCAGCAGCGGCCGCAACACCUGCGCCUCGGAGGCGGCGGUGGCGGUGGCGGCGGCGGCAACAAUCGGUAUCAGAAAUCUGUGGGAGGAUCGCCGAUUAGUAAUAGCAACAGCAGCAACAAUAGCAACAGCAGCCACAGCAGCAGUAGCCACAGCAGCAGCAGUCACAGUCACAGCCAUAGCCACAGUCAUAGUCACAGUCACGGGAGCAACAAUCAUCGAUUGCCGCCGCUAAGAGGGACGCUGGUGAACUCAUCAUCGGCGAUAUCCAUCAUAUCGAUAUCCUCCGAAUCCUCAAUUGCCAGCAGCAGUUCGAGUUCCUCCCGAUCGGGUCAGGACCAGCAGCAGAAUGAGAGGGACGAGCGAUAGGAUUAGCGAUAGCGAUAGCGAUAAGGUAGGGAUAAUAAUCAGGGAUCUGCUUAAAUGAGAUCAAGAUACAAGAUACACUGAGAAACAAACUGAGAGAUUGAAAAUGAUAGAGAGAUAAAACACACACAUAGAACGAAGGAACAGAAACAGAAACAGAACAGAGAGAGAGAGAGAAAGAGAUAGAUUAAAACGAGUUAGCAAUAUUUAUGAAUUAUAUUUCUUUCUCAGGUUUACACUGCAAACUAUGCUGCAUUUUUCUAAUUAAUAUCCCAAAAUACCACAAACCUCCAAAAAAAAGCAUCCUAAUCCCAAAACAAACAAAAAAAUCUUUAAAAAUCAACAAAAUACU